AUGACCAUUGCUGCCGAAAGUGUAAAAAAGAAAAGUUUUAAAGAUGUGCUAAGGUCUACCAGAAGAGUCGCCUGGGCUCUAUUUGUAAAAUACUGGUUUUUGCUUGGUCUACUUGUUGCUAUAAUUCUUGCUAUAGAAUUUCCGAAUGUAGCUAGGAAAGGCGGCUACAUUAGAGCAGAGUGGACGAUCAAAUGGGGCGCUGUCAUUGUCAUCUUUCUGAUCUCUGGCUUAUCUCUUCGUACAAAAAUAUUAGCGCAGACUAUUCUACGUAUCCGAUUACAUUUAUUAAUUCAGAUUAUCAAUCUAAUCGUCAUCCCAUUUUUUGUAUUCGGCCUUGUACUAUUAUUCUUCAAAUUACAUAUGGACAUUAGCUCUUUACUACUUGUUGGUGUCGUCAUUGCUGCAAGUACACCAACGACUGUAUCCUCUAACGUUGUCAUGACUAAAAAUGCAAAAGGAAACGAAGCCUCUGCUUUAAUGAAUGCUGCACUUGGUAACGUCUUGGGUAUCUUUGUGUCUCCUGCCCUUGUAUCACUUUUUCAAGAUCCUUUGAUUGCCGCCACACCAGAGAAUGAAAGUACAACAGAAGCAGCGGGAACAGUAGACUUUAUAUCGGUUUUAAAGCAAUUGGGCCUUACCGUCUUGGCUCCACUUGUCGUAGGUCAAAUCUUCCAGUGGUUCUUUACGGAACAAGUGGCUAAAUAUAAAGUUAAACUUCGCUUAUCGGAUGUCAGCAGUUUUAUGCUUCUUACCAUGGUUUGGUCUGUCUUUUCCGACGCUGUUUAUUCUGGGUCAUUUAACGCAGUCAAGCCUAAAGAUAUUAUUGCAGUUGCUAUUAUGAAUGCAGGAUUCUACAUACUCUUCUCUUUACUUUGCCUAGUUCUCGGAAGAUUGCCAUUACCGAGAUUUAUCAAUACACCCAGUUGGGUCAAACGAUUAAGAUAUUCACGUGAAGACACAGUUGCUAUCAUGUACUGUGGAGCUACCAAAACGGUGGCUAUGGGCGUACCACUGAUCAACGUUUUGUAUUCUAACGGAGAUCCAGGUACAGUCGGUGUGCUCUCAACUCCGCUUUUACUCUAUCACGUCGAACAGCUUAUUCUCGGAAACAUUGAAGUCGAGCUCUUGAAGAAGUGGGUAAGUCGUGGUCAAGAACAGGAUGAUUACGAAAAUCAACCACCAAGAGAUGAAGAAGAGAAUGUAUAUGACAGCGAAAUCACUCAAUCCAACUACCACACACAUAGACCUUCACCUUUAUCUCAACUACAUAUACCUAAUGAAAAGUAA